CAGGAUGGGACAGGCAGCACAGAGAGAUUUUUUUUUUCAUAGCAAGUAGAUUCCUGGCAAAAUGGAUUUACCCUGCCCGUGGAUAUAGCAUAAUUACCCACAGUUCUAAUAGAAUGAUAUAGACAGCCAAAAUUCUUUGUGGAAUGAGGCAGGUAUGAAUUAAUAAAUGUGGUGAUAUUACCCAGUCCAUGGGGUUGGGGACAUAACCUGUCCUUUGCCCCACAGGGAUAUAACAUUACCUACAUCACAGAUGCAAGGAAGGUGUCCUGCCGCACAGAAGAGGGUGGAGUACACUUAUCAAUAAGAGUUGGUCCUGCUCAUGCAGUACCUUUGGAGGCAGAGGAGAGGUAAUGUACUGUCUGGCUUCCAUCUGGGAUAUGCUUUGAUCUGACAAUUCUGCAGGGUACAUCUGCCCCUAACAACUCACCCUGGUACCAUAAAUCCCUGCAGCUAGAAUCACUCUUUGAGGCCAAGACAUUUCCCCAGGAAACCCCUGUUAAUGUGCCACCUUGCUUCCUGAUUGCUGAGGCAGGACAGGAUGCAGAGCAGGUCUGGGAACACCUUCUUGGGCUUCUUUCAGAUGAAACUUUGCAGCUGUGAGGUCUUGCUGGAUUUAAGUGAAGACUGAUAUCUCCACGACCCACAACAGUGGUUCUUAAAUUGUGCUGCACGUAAGAAUCACCUGGAGAGUUUUAGGAGUCCUAAUGCCAAACCCCUAGGGCCUAGACCAUUAAAUCAGAACCUCUGGGGGUGGGACUCAGACAUCAGUACUUUUUAAGACCUUUUCUUCCACGUGGUUUCAAAGUGCAAAUAAGCUUGACAGCCAGUGGCUUACAACAUUUUACAAAGUAAUUGCAUAGUUCCAAGAGCAGGCUAGCAUUUUCUGGGGGCUGGGGUAAGGACAGUGGGUCCACUGGGGCAAUAAAAUGUGGGAAUUGGAAACACUCAUGAACUCGUGUGAACUGUGGCAGCCUCAGUCUGCAAAAGCCUCUCUGCGGCUAUUUUAAGGAAGUGAAAGAGAACUGAAGAGCGUCCUCUUGUAACACAACUCUUGUGGGCCCCAGCCUUCCUCUGCUGCUGGCCAGGUUCCUGCAGUGACCACACGUCUCAUAUUUGUCAGGGUGGCUUAAGUUCUGUUCACAUGUACAAGUCUUCCGGGCCCACAGUAAUUUCAGACCACAGGGGUAAAUUUGCUUUGAAAAAAGAAGUUCCUGUGGAGUUUGUCAGCACUCCAGUCUGUAGAGAACUGGAGGCCAAAGCUGUGGCAACUGCUGCCAGAGCUGGGGACUGUGCCAGAGUCCCUGGUGUCGCUGCCAUCUGAGGCCCACAGGGAUUUCAACCAGCCGAACUGAGCAGCCAGUCCUUGGAGGCCCAGGCAGGGCCACAACCUAGCAGUACAACUAAAGGGGAUUCAGGCCACACACGGCGAGAAUUUUAAAUAAACCAAGUGACAGUUGAAUGAGGAAUGGAGUUCAGGAGAAGGAUCAUAUCAGCUACAUGAGAAGCGCAUCUCACUGCAUCAGUUACACAUCACGCGUGGAAACAUCAUAAGGAGCUCCAGAGGGAUUGCCUGUCCAGCUGUUGGUGUUCCCUGAGAGUGUGGUGUCCACUAAGAAGAGUUGUGGGGCCUCUCAGACACAGUAAGAGCAGGAGGAGACUGAGCAGGCCACGGAGCCAUGGCUUCUGAUGCUAGCCACGCGCUGGAAGCUGCCCUGGAGCAGAUGGACGGGAUCAUUGCAGGCACUAAAACAGGUGCAGAUAUUAGUGAUGGUACUUGUGAGCCUGGACUGGCUUCCCCAGCCUCCUACGUGAACCCCUUCCCAGUGCUCCAUCUCGUCGAGGACUUGAGGCUGGCCCUGGAGAUGCUGGAGCUUCCUCAGGAGAGAGCAGCCCUCCUGAGCCAGAUCCCUGGCCCAACAGCUGCCUACAUAAAGGAGUGGUUUGAGGAGAGCUUGUCCCAGGUGAAUCACCACGGUGCUGCUAGCAAUGAAACCUACCAGGAACGCCUGGCACGUCUAGAAGGAGAUAAGGAGUCCCUCAUAUUACAGGUGAGUGUCCUCACAGAUCAAGUGGAAGCCCAAGGAGAGAAGAUUCGAGACCUGGAAGUGUGUCUGGAAGGACACCAGGUGAAACUCAAUGCUGCUGAGGAGAUGCUCCAACAGGAGCUGCUAAGUCGCACAUCUCUUGAGACCCAGAAGCUCGAUCUGAUGACCGAAGUGUCUGAGCUGAAGCUCAAGCUGGUCGGCAUGGAGAAGGAGCAGAGAGAGCAGGAGGAGAAGCAGAGAAAAGCAGAGUCAGUGCUGAAUGUGAUCAGUGAGCUGCAGGAGCAGAUGUGUAGGCUGCAGCUGGACAUCCACAGGCAGAUUCAAGAGCGCCUGUUACUCAGUAGGGACCACCCCGAGGAGAUGGCGGCCGGCGACGGUGUGGCCGAGCCCCAGCCCUGCAGCCAGGACUGUGCCCGUUGGGAGGGGUCACCUGAGUUACUGCAAGAGCUCAGGCACCUCAAAAUCAAAGUGGAAGAGUUGGAAAAUGAACGGAAUCAGUAUGAGUGGAAGCUGAAGGCCACUAAGGCCGAGGUAGCCCAGCUGCAAGAGCAGGUGGCCCUGAAAGAUGCAGAAAUUGAGCGACUGCAUAGCCAGCUCUCCCGGACGGCAGCUCUCCACGGGGACCACGCAGAGAAAGACCAAGAAAUUCAAUGUCUGAAAAAGGGGAUGGAAACUUUACUUGUUGCCAAUGAAGAUAAGGACCGUCGCAUAGAGGAGCUUACGGGGUUGUUAAACCAGUACCGCAGAGUGAAGGAGAUUGUGAUGGCAACUCAAGGGCCUUCGGAGAGAACGCUCUCAAUCAAUGAAGAAGAACUGGAGGGAAGUUUCAGAAAGUGGAACACUCCAAAUAAAGGCCCUGAAGACUUAUUUAAACAAGAGAUGCCUCCGAGAUGUAGCUCCCCUGCACCAGGGCCACCUCCACUGCCGCAGAAGUCACUGGAAACCAGAGCUCAGAAAAAACUUUCCUGUAGUCUGGAAGACUUGAGAAGUGAAUCUGUGGAUAAGUGUGUCAAUGGGAACCAGCUCUCCCCCGUGGUAGAACCCAAGGCCAGCCCUUUCCUGGUGGAGCACAAAUACCCCACGUUACCUGGGAAGCUUUCAGGAGGCACGCCGAAUGGGGAGGCUGCCAGAUCUCCCACCGCCUGCCUGCCUGAUGCCGCAGGGAGCGGCCUGCAGAGGCUGAAUCGUGGCCGGAGUGUCAGUGCCCCCGUAUUAGGAGACACGGAAGGUGGUUGGGAUGACACUGCCACGGCCAAUGACCUCUCAUCCACGUCAUCUGGCACCGAAUCAAGUCCCCAGUCUCCUCUGACGCCAGAUGGUAAACGGAGUCCCAAAGGCAUCAAGAAGUUUUGGGGAAAAAUCCGAAGAACUCAGUCAGGAAACUUCAACACUGAUGUGCCAGGGAUGGCAGAGUUUCGACGAGGUGGGCUCCGGGCAACCGCAGGGCCAAGACUGUCUAGAACCAGAGACUCCAAAGGACAGAAAAGUGACGCCAACGCCCCCUUUGCCCAGUGGAGCACCGAGCGUGUGUGUGCGUGGCUGGAGGACUUUGGCCUGGCUCAGUACGUGAUCUUCGCCAGGCAGUGGGUGUCUUCUGGCCACACAUUAUUGACAGCUACCCCUCAGGACAUGGAAAAGGAGCUAGGAAUUAAGCACCCUCUUCACAGGAAGAAGCUGGUUUUAGCAGUGAAAGCCAUCAACGCCAAGCAGGAGGAGAAGUCUGCACUGCUAGACCACAUUUGGGUGACACGGUGGCUUGAUGAUAUUGGCUUACCCCAAUACAAAGACCAGUUUCAUGAAUCCAGAGUUGAUGGACGAAUGCUGCAAUACUUAACUGUGAAUGAUCUACUCUUCUUAAAAGUCACCAGCCAACUACAUCAUCUCAGCAUCAAAUGUGCCAUUCACGUGCUGCAUGUCAACAAGUUCAACCCCCACUGCCUGCACAGGCGGCCAGCUGAUGAGAGUAACCUUUCUCCUUCAGAAGUUGUGCAAUGGUCCAACCACAGGGUGAUGGAGUGGCUGCGGUCGGUAGACUUGGCGGAGUACGCUCCCAACCUCCGAGGGAGUGGAGUACACGGAGGUCUCAUUAUCCUGGAGCCGCGUUUCACUGGGGACACCCUGGCUAUGCUUCUUAAUAUCCCACCACAAAAAACACUCCUCAGACGCCACCUGACCACCAAAUUCAAUGCCCUGAUUGGUCCUGAGGCGGAACAGGAAAAGCGAGAUAAAAUGGCCUCUCCAGCUUACACACCACUGACCACCACGGCCAAAGUGCGGCCAAGGAAGCUAGGAUUUUCACAUUUUGGAAACAUAAGAAAAAAGAAAUUCGAUGAAUCGACAGACUACAUUUGCCCGAUGGAGCCCAGUGAUGGCAUCAGCGACAGUCACAAGGUCUACAGUGGUUACCGGGGCCUCAGCCCCCUUGAUGUUCCUGAACUGGAUGGGCUGGACCAGAUGGCACCUUCAGAAGGCACGGUGACGCAGAUAGGGCUCCUCUCCCAAGACAUCCACCGCCUUACGACCAUGCUGAGCCAGGACCAGCUGCUGAAUGACUCUCGCCUGGCUGCUCCCAACGCUGAUGGCUGGAGAUGAGUUUCUUCGUGGCUGACAGCCCAGAGAGGCACGUGUGGGGGCCCCGAGCCUUUGCUUCAGUGGGGAGCAGGCACGCAGCCAGCUGCAGAGCCUGGUUGGGGCUGGCAGGGUGUCUCACCGGGUGCUGGCAGGAGCGCAGCAGAGCUGUGGGACAGACGUCCAGGAGGUGGCCCUACUGCCCCUAUAUGUCUGCAACCGUGCUGUGCUCUUCGCUGCAGCUUUUAUACUUUUUGUACUUUUAUACAUGGACUGCUGACCACUUUUGUGGGAAGGACAAUGAGAUGUGAGCACACAGACUCAAUGGCUCAUGCGUUCCUGGGGACAGCCUGGAGGCUCUUACACCAAACAGGAAGAGCUGUUAGUUCAUAAAACUUCUGCUGGAAAAAAAGAUUCUGGGAAAAAA